AUGGAUCACGACGAAGCGGUCGACGAAAACAAGUACACGCCAGUGGACGCAUAUGAUCCGGCCGACCCCCUCGGACUGUCAGGAUGUGCGUCAUCGUUGCGUUCCAUCAAGCGUCCGCGUGCCAACCCACCGUCAUCUCCGAAGCCGAACUCAGUGAAGGUGCCGAAAGUGGAAACGGUGAUUCAACGCUCAGACGCCGGCCAGUUCUCUGAGAAAAUGGAACGGCUGAUAACGCCACGUCUGCCGCCUCUACUCGCGUGCGAAUCCGCGCUGGAACAGCCGACAAAGUCAGUGAUCAAACUGGAGCCACCGGACGAAGAAGAUAGGGAUCCCGCGCUUCCACCACCGAUCCCGGUGGAGGUUGCCCCCGGAUGCGUCGUACAGGUGCCGUUUUACGCGGCACACAAAUCGCGCAAAUACAAAGCGCAAACGGAUAAUGGCCGUUACAAUAUCCGAUUCAAUCACGACGGGUCGGUGCGGUUUUGCCGAAAAGUCGAGCCGAAACAGCCGACAAACGAGCCAGUGGUCAAAUUGGAGCCGCCGGCAGAAGAAGCUACGUCACCUCCGCAGCCUCCACCCGCGUGCGGAUCCGCGCUGAAACAGCCGACAAACAACGAGCCAAUCAUCAAACUGAAGCCGCCGGCCGAAGAAGCUACGUCACCUCCGUCGCCUCCACCCGCGUGCGAACCCAUUCUGAAACAGUCAACAAACAACGAGCCAGUGGUCAAACUGGAGCCGCCGCCGGCCGAAGAAGCUGUGAAUCACCCGCUUCCACCACCGAUCCCGGUGGAGGUUGCCCCCGGAUGCGUUGUACAGGUGCCGCAUUUUGCGGCACACGUAUGGCGUAAAUGCAAAGCGCGGACGGAUAAUGGCCAUUACAUUAUCAAAUUCAAUCACACCGGACAAGUGCGGUUGUGCCGAAAAAUCGAGUCGCCAGCCGAAAGAGAAGCUUAUAUGAAUCCCGCGCUUUUAGCACCGAUCCCGAGCGCGGUUGCUCCCAGAUGCGUCGACAAAUUGAAGCGGUUGCUAACGCCACUUUCGCCGCCUCCACCCGCGUGCGGAUCCGCGCUGAAACAGCCGACAAACAAUGAGCCAGUAAUUAAACUGAAGCCACCGGCCGAAGAAGCUGUGAAUCCCGCGCUUCCACCACCGAUCCCGGUAUGGGUUGCCCCCGGAUGCGUUGUGCAGGUGCCGUUUUACGCGGCACACCAAUCGCGCAGAUACAGAGCGCAGACAGAACAUGGCCGUUACAUUAUCCGAUUCGAUCGCACCGGAAAAGUGCGGUUGUGCCGAAAAAUCGAGCCAAAACAGCCGACAAACAAGUCAGUAGUCAAACUGAAGCCACCGGCGAAAAAAGCUAUGAAUUACCCGCUUCCACCACCGAUUCCGGUGUGGGUUGCCCCCGGAUGCGUUGUACAGGUGCCGUUCUACGCGGCACACAAAUGGCGCAAAUACAAAGCGCGGACGGAACAUGGCCGUUACAAUAUCCGAUUCAAUCACGACGGGUCGGUGCGGUUCUGCCGAAAAAUCGAGCCAAAACAGCCGACAAACGAGCCUGCGGCCAAACUGGAGCCGCCGCCGGCCGAAGAAGCUAUGAAUCACCCGCUUCCACCACCGAUUCCGGUGGAGGUUGCUCCCGGAUGCGUUGUACAGGUGCCGCAUUUCGCGGCACACGUAUUACGCAACUACAGAGCGCGGACGGAUAGUGGCAGUUACAUUAUCCGAUUCAAUCACACCGGACAAGUGCGGUUGUGCCGAAAGCUGUAA